GCAGCGCUUCUAGUCUGAGCGUCCCGGAGCAGAAACCAUGAGCUACGGUCUGUUCUUCUCCGCCGAAACAUGGGCUCUGCUCAUGCUGUUUGUGGCGCUUCUGUAUGUAUAUGGAUCCUGGCCUCACAGUUUCUUCAAGAAGCUGGGCAUCCCGGGGCCCAAACCACUGCCGUUCUUCGGAACGAUGCUGGAAUAUAGAAAGGGGUUUCAUCAAUUUGAUGUGGAGUGUUUCAAGAAGUACGGACGAGUCUGGGGUAUCUACGAUGCGAGGCAGCCCGUUCUGUGCAUCAUGGACCAAUCCAUCUUCAAAACCAUCCUGGUUAAAGAAUGCUACUCUCUCUUCACCAACAGAAGGAACUUCCGUCUGAACGGGCCGCUGUAUGACGCCGUGUCCAUCGUUGAAGACGACGACUGGAGGAGGAUCCGCAGCAUCCUCUCGCCCUCCUUCACCAGCGGGAGGUUAAAGGAGAUGUUUGGCAUCAUGAAGACUCACUCUCACAUUCUGGUUGAUAAUCUGGGGCAAACAGCGACGCGAGGAGAAGCCGUGGAUGUUAAAGAGUUCUUCGGCGCGUACAGUAUGGAUGUGGUGACCAGCACGGCGUUCAGCGUCGACAUCGACUCUCUCAACAACCCCAAAGACCCUUUUGUGACCAACAUCAAGAAAAUGCUGAAGUUUGACUUACUGAACCCUCUGUUCCUGAUCACCGCUUUAUUUCCUUUCAUCACUCCUGUCCUGGAGAAAAUGGAUUUCGCCUUUUUCCCAACAUCUGUGACCGAUUUCUUCUUUGCUGCCUUAAAGAAGAUCAAGUCUGAAAGAGUGGCCAGCGACCACAAGAAGAAGAGAGUGGACUUCCUGCAGCUGAUGGUUGAUUCUCAGACAGCAGGGAAGGAACACACAGAGAAAGGUCUGAGCGACCACGAGAUCCUCUCGCAGUCCAUGAUCUUCAUCUUCGGCGGGUACGAGACCACCAGCAGCACUCUGUCCUUCUUCUUCUACAAUCUGGCAACCAACCCAGAGGCCAUGAAGAAACUGCAGGAGGAGAUCGACCAGACCUUCCCUGAUAAGGCUCCGGUGGACUAUGAAGUCGUCAUGAACAUGGAGUAUCUGGACGCGGCGCUGAACGAGUCUCUCCGGCUGUUCCCCAUUGUUGGUCGCCUCGAGCGGGUCUGUAAGAAAACGGUGGACAUCAACGGCCUCCUCAUCCCUAAAGACAUGGUGGUGAUGAUCCCGACCUUCGCCCUCCACAGAGACCCGGAUUACUGGAGCGACCCGGAGAGCUUCAAACCCGAGAGGUUCACUAAAGGCAACAAGGAGUCGAUCGACCCCUACAUGUACAUGCCCUUCGGUCUGGGGCCCAGGAACUGCAUCGGGAUGAGGUUUGCUCAGGUGAGCAUGAAGCUGGCCAUCGUGGAGAUCCUGCAGAGGUUCGACGUCUCCGUGUGUGACCAGACUCAGGUUCCUCUGGAGCUCGGCACCAGUGGUCUCCUGGUUCCCAAGGACCCCAUCAAACUCCAGUUCAAGCCUCGGAAGGUUUUCCUCUCAGAAGAUACGUGUAACAACAACACAUCGUAAAGAAGCUCUGCUGCUCGCUUCUCUUUCAGUCCGAGGAGAAGGUUUAACUGGUCUUUUAAAAUAAAAGAAUAGACGUAGUCUCUAGUCUUCAGUGAUUCUCUUUCGGACUCAGACUGAGAGUUCAGUAACUUUAAUCGGACAGAUUCUGCUGUCAUCUGGGACUUUCUGAGACUGCCAACAAUAAUGCCAUGAGAUUCAUAUUUAGGGGGUUUAUUUUGAUUGAGAGAACAAAAAAUGAGAUCAACCUUUAAAGAAAUUAUAUGGAAAUAUGAAAUAAAAUGUAUUUUAAAAAGUCUGCAGAAAUGUAUGUGACAUUCCCAGCCCGCUGCAUACUUGCAUCUGCACGAAUACACAUCUCCAGUACUACUUCAAAUUAAUACACCAGACAAAAUAACUCAAUCUCACUACAAGCACAUAAAUAUGAUGAAUAACGCUGCGUCCUCUGACACACAUUAACACUCAAACAUAUUUCCAUUAACCUUUUCUAACACCAAGAUGUUAAAUCAGGAUAUACACGUGAAUGUGACCCACAAUUUCUCAAUGGCCACCAAUUCUUGCAAGGGUUUCAUCAUUUUAAAUUCCCUUUUAGUUCUUUUUUCCCACAGUUUCAAUGGAAAAGUAUUCCAAAAACACUUUUUUUUUGGCGUUUUACUUGAGGGUACAAUGAAGACGGCUCAUAAUCAGGCCUUAUAGGGUUAGAACCUACAAGCUUUUUGUUAAUGACGCUUUAUCUUUAACCACGCUUUAUUAGCCAUACCUCAGGAACGACAUGCUUGUUUGUGCAUAUGUGUUCAUGACCCAGAGCCAUCACAUUACUAAACAUAUAGGCUAGUCCUCUUAAAACACAUAUUGGCCUGGUUUCACAGACAGGGCUUAGGUUAAACCAGGAUUAG